AUGGACCGAAACAUCGCACGGGCCGUGACCGAUAAGAAGCCGGUCCCGGAGAUCGACUUCACCCUGCAUGUUAUGGAGGAUGGCACCCAAGUGUCCACCCUCGAGCGUGUUGUCAAAGAGGUGCAAGCGCCUGCCUUGACUACACCAACGGACGAGCAGUUCUGGUCUCCUGAAGACCCAUCGAAGCCGAACUUGACCUUUUUGAAACAACACUUUUAUCGGGAGGGUCGCCUGACCGAAGAUCAGGCCCUAUGGAUUAUACAGGCCGGUACCCAGAUCCUGAAAGCGGAACCUAAUCUGCUGGAGAUGGAUGCGCCUAUCACAGUGUGCGGUGAUGUUCACGGUCAAUAUUACGAUCUAAUGAAGCUGUUCGAAGUGGGCGGAGACCCUUCGGAGACACGGUAUCUGUUUUUGGGUGAUUAUGUUGAUCGCGGUUAUUUCAGUAUAGAGUGUGUUCUCUACCUUUGGGCUCUCAAAAUAUGGUACCCCAAUUCCCUUUGGCUGCUGCGAGGAAACCACGAAUGUCGACAUUUGACCGACUACUUCACGUUCAAACUAGAAUGUAAGCACAAAUAUAGCGAACGUAUCUACGAGGCUGCCAUCGAAUCGUUCUGCGCGUUACCGUUGGCGGCGGUCAUGAACAAGCAAUUCCUCUGCAUUCACGGAGGUCUGAGCCCUGAAUUGCAUACAUUAGAAGACAUCAAGUCGAUUGAUCGUUUCAGAGAACCCCCGACUCAUGGUCUCAUGUGCGAUAUCCUCUGGGCUGACCCGCUGGAAGAUUUCGGCCAAGAAAAGACUGGUGACUACUUUAUCCACAACAGUGUUCGAGGAUGCUCGUACUUUUUCUCCUACCCUGCCGCCUGUGCUUUCCUCGAAAAGAACAACCUACUCUCCGUCAUCCGAGCACACGAAGCUCAGGAUGCUGGAUACCGCAUGUACCGCAAGACGCGGACUACGGGCUUCCCCAGUGUCAUGACAAUCUUCAGUGCUCCCAACUACCUCGACGUCUAUAACAACAAGGCCGCGGUUCUAAAGUACGAAAACAACGUCAUGAAUAUUCGACAAUUCAACUGCACCCCUCACCCUUACUGGCUACCAAACUUUAUGGAUGUGUUCACCUGGUCCCUUCCGUUCGUGGGUGAGAAGAUUACCGACAUGCUUAUUGCCAUCCUCAACACGUGCUCUAAGGAGGAGCUCGAGGACGAGACGCCCACUUCCAUCUCACCCUCUGAACCUUCUCCGCCAGUGCCGAUGGACACCGACAGCACCGAGUUCAAGCGACGAGCCAUCAAGAACAAGAUUCUUGCCAUUGGUCGGUUGUCUCGCGUCUUCCAGGUGCUGCGCGAGGAAUCUGAGCGAGUUACUGAGCUUAAGACUGCGGCGGGAGGCCGUCUUCCCGCUGGUACUCUGAUGCUGGGCGCCGAGGGUAUCAAGCAGGCUAUCACCAACUUUGAGGAUGCGCGCAAGGUUGACUUGCAGAACGAACGUCUUCCGCCAACUCACGAUGAGGUGGUCCGGAAAAGUGAAGAAGAUAGGCGAAUUGCCCUUGACCGUGCUCAACAAGAGGCCGAUAACGACACCGGCCUUGCCACAGUCGCAAGACGGAUCAGCAUGUCGUCUGGUUCAGGCAGACGUCGGCAUCGGGACUCCACCUCUCGCGACUCUCGAGAAUUAUAA